GUUUAGUUUUGGACUCAGCUUUUGUUGAGAGCUGCAAUAAAAAGCAACAGGCCUGAAUUGAGUUGAAGUCGAGUUUCACUUUUAGCUUUUGGCAGAAGCGUCAAGGGCAGAUAGAUAGCAUCGACAAUAGAAUUAGACGAACGAAACCAGCUGUUAAUGCUGCUAAAUAAAACUAAUUCCCGCACAAUGCAAUCGAGUAAAAUACUAUUGCCUCAUUGGAGGAAGUUUAAUCAACUAAAAAUUACCAGAACUUUGGCAAUCAACAAUAGAAAAUUAAGUGCUAACUAUUCUGCACCAUUGUUGACAAACGAAACUUUCACUUUAAGGCUACAGCAGCAGCAACAACAACAACAAAUUAAUUAUCAACAAAUACCACAGAGAUGGGCGACAACAUCAGCCAAACCAUCACCUCCGAAGCAUGAUUGGAAUAGGGCCGUAAGCGAAGCAGAACGUAUUGUGGGAUAUCCAACUUCCUUUCUAAGUCUGCGAUGGCUACUCAGCGAUGAAAUUGCCAAUGUGGCCCUGUAUUUGCGAAAAUUGGUUGGUAGCACUCAUCCUCUCUUGAAGACGGCUAAAGGACUUUUGUAUAAUGGCAAAAAUACCAUGCAAGCUUGGGGUUUAAUUGUACUGCUGAUUUCUAAGGCUGCUGGUCAUGCACCAUCCGUACCCGACAUGGAACAGGAUAAAAGUGCAGGUGUCUUGCACAGUCAAAGAGCUUUGGUUGAGGUAACAGAAAUGAUACGAAUUUCUCACCUGAUACACAAUAGCCUAGUCAAUUUGCAAAGAUCUACCAAGGCUGGUCAGGAUUCCACAACAUAUGAUGACAUGACUUUUGGGAAUAAGAUUGGUCUUCUUAUAGGCGAUUACCUGUUAAGUCAUUCAAGUAUGGAAUUGGCCAGUUUAAAAAAUCAAAUUGUGGUAGGACUUAUUUCUUCAACUGUCAGAGACUUUUCGGAAUCCGAGUUUAUUGGGGAGCGUGAUGAGCAAAAUAAUCCUUUGCCUUCCAAGCCAGGCACUGUAUAUCAACAGACCAAUAGCCCAGCCUGCACUGCCGAUGUCGACUAUGAUGCUGAAGACAUACUUAAACCCAUGAAUAUAACACAAUUCAUAGGCAAGCCAGAAAAGGAGUGGGAAGCUCGUAAUAUGUUAAAUGUUGGUAGCUUGCUGGGUAAAUCUUGUCUGGCCUCGUUGCGGCUAGCCGAGCAGAGCGAGGAAUUACAAAAGAAAGCCUAUCUGUUUGGCAAGCACUUGUCGUUAGCAUGGCAGGCAUGUUUGGAUGCGGAACCCUUUCAGCUAACUUCUCUUCCAUAUGAUACCUCCUUCAGUCUAGUAAGCGCUCCCGUUUUAUUCCACUUAGAGUAUGAUCCCAAACUUUACGAUGAAAUUGAAAAGGGCAAAGUUAGUGUGGAUAACGUUGAUUACGUCAAAAUACACCAGGCAAUUUUGCAGGGCCCUGGCUUGGAGAAAACAAAACAACUGCAACGCAAGCACACGACGGCGGCACUUCACGUUUUAGAAAGUUUUCCAAACAAUGAUGCCAGAACGGCGUUGGAAAACAUAAUAUUAGCCAUGCAGGAUUUGUAGGCAACAUAUAAUAAGUUAACAGGUAGCUAUUGCUCGAAAUAUUUUUAGCUACAUUAAAAGUCCUAAUUAUCGAUUAUGCUGGCCUGGUAAUGUACUUGUGUACCAAUUCGAAAUAACGUAUGAAGCAUCACUCUAGAGGCUUUUUGUUAAACUAAGUCCAUGGCAAAGCAAGAAAAUGUGUUUGUUAGGAGCUUUAAAGUUCUUACCAUUGAUUGUUGGGAUAUUUUUUAAUAAUUCAGCGGCAUAAUUUCUUUCUUAUUACCCAAGCAACAUAUUAAUUUUUAAAAUAGGUCACAUGAGUGGAGUUUAAUACAACAGAGAAAUGCAGUGUGUCUUAGCUACAAAUUCAAAAUGUAUUUAUUGACAGCUCUAGUUUAAGAAUAUGUUACUAAGUUUUAAAUUUUUUUUUGAUAUUACUGUGUAUAUCAACUUUGGUUUACGUUAAAUAUUUUUGUAUUAAAAUUCUAAACAUUUUUCUAGUUAAGUGUACAACAAAAAUUAUCUACAUAUAUACAUACAAGUUUAAAGUACAUAUACAAAUGCAAUCUAUUAGUUUAUA